GGCGUAAAGACACUAGCAAGCAGCGGGCUUAUUUGCGCGUAUGACUUCAUUAAUGCCCUAAUCUGAAAGCCAGGCUCAUUUCGUGAGUCGCUACGGUCCAUAGGUUGCAGCGAAGAAGCAGCGAAAUCAUUGGUGCGGCUGGUCUCACGUACAGAGCGAUUGUGGACGGAGAGCGAUUUGCAAACUGCAGAGAGCGCUUAAGUGUACACAUCGCUGCCGAGCAACAGCGAGCAGCGGUGCAACGCGAUGGCGAUCGAGGACGCCAUCACCAACGACCCGGCCAUCGAGCGCCACGGCUCCGAGGCGGCGGCCAAGUACAUGGCCUGGCACUGGGCGGCGCUGAGCAAAGCCGUCGCAAAGGGCGAUCCGUGCAGUUGCAUCCUGACGGAGUCGCGUCAAUCGGACGACCGCCUCUACGGCUGCUUCCGCGCGUCGAUAUCCGAGCCCGUCGACCGUUUGGACCUCAAGACGCCGACGUGGCGCGAUCUGCUGACGUGCAUGGCCGGGCGCGUGGUCGAUUUCAGCUUCAUGACCUUGCUGCGGCCGGACCCUUUGCAAUCCUACGAGGCGCAGCGGUCCGAGUUGCUCGUCGUGCCGCGGGCGCAGUUUGUAAUGGUCGAACUCGCGCGGCAACGGGAAGGCUGCUACGACGACCGGGACUGCUGCGUGAAAGCGGAGGCGCGGCACCUGUCGCGCUGCGCCGAGCGCCUGCGAAACGGGAACGACGACGCUCUCGUUGCGCUGGAGGCCGCGCCGCUGCCGUCGAAGGCGGUGCUCCGGCUCACGUCCGCGUCGCGCGCCCUGGCCGCAAAAGCCCGGAGCGGCAGCGACGCGGCGGCCCGCAUCGUUGACGCCUGGCGGCGGCACCUCGAGCCGCCGGCGUCCGUUUUUGAAAAGAAAGGCGUCGUCGUGCGGCGCGGCGCGUUGGACGCCGACGCCGUCGCCGCGUUGGUCCAGGCGGCCUCUCUCUCUCAAGCGGCCUUCGAGAAGGAGGUCCUGGCGCCACAGAACAAAACGAUCCGCGACUCCUUCGACGACGCCUCGGGGACGACGCGGCCCGGGAGUCGCGUCGACGUGCGCCACCGCGCCGCCGAGUUCGUCGCGCAGCGCCUUGGAACUUGUGAGGCCGAGCUCGCCGACGACGACCGCGGCGUCGGCACGCGAUUAUUAAGGGACCUGCUGCCUCUGGUGAAAGCCGCGCUGCGGACGGAGCGGCCGCGGCUGCUGUACUUCGGCUUCGUCCGGGCCUUCGCCGGUGGUACCGGAGACCAGCCGUGGCACCGCGACGCGGCGUCGCUCUUCGAGAGCGGUCGGGGCGCCUGCGACGCGCCGGACACGCCACCCCACGUCGUCAACGUCUUCCUUCCUUUGGUCGACCUGACGAAUGCGAACGGGCCGACGGCCUUCGCCCCGGGCACGCACAGCGACGGCGCGUGCCGCGACGCGCUCGCGACAAUCAUCGAAAGGGGCGACCCGGCCCACCAGAUCUCGCCGCUGCUGAGCACGGGCGACGCCGUCAUGUUCGACUGCCGCCUGCUUCAUAGAGGGAGGGCGAAUCGCAGUUCCAAGGAUCGCGUCAUCGCUUAUUUAACAAUUGCUGCGCCGUGGUGGCGCGACGACGAGAUGUUCCAUGCCACGCAACCGACGACCGCCGCCGCGUUAUUGGGCGAGGCGCUUUUGGGGAGGACGGCCGUUGACGAUCAUGACGACGGCACUGGCCACCCGCACUACACGCUGAGAAUCGAAAGCAUGGUGCGAGACCGGCCGGACCUCGCCGCAGCUUCGGCCUUGUUCCUCGCGCGCGCCUCCGACGACGUCGACGGGAAGUGGGCCGCGGCCGCGGCGUCGUCAACAUCGCUUUCACGAAUGCUGACGGCGUCGCUCGACGAUCCGCGGCCGGCCGACGCCUUCGCGGACCGCUUCGAGGCCGACCUCCUUGAUAACAAUGGCCGCCGCGCGGACGCGCUGCGCGCGCCCCCAGCGCCCAACGGCGGCCUGUUCUCGUCGAUCACGGACGACCUCGCCGACUGCUCGAGGCUCUACUCGGCCGCGGGGGCGCUGCUGAACGCGGAGGCGUACGGCUUUCCCGCUGAUGCUGAGGGCGUCCCUCUCCUCGUGGCUCUGGCGAAGCGGGCGGCGCCCCAGAAGUCACGGCGCCGGCUCGAGGCUGCUUUUUCAAGUUGGUGGCAUCGGGGCCGGGGCCGCUUCGAGCUCGUGGAACGCGUCGCCGGCGCCGGGGACCGGCCGGUGCUCGUCGUGGCGUUUUCGUCGCUGGGAUCUGGUAUUGCUAGACCUGAAUGGCGCGGCGCGCUCUCCAAGGCAAAGGUGCCGUCGAAGGCGCGCCUGGACGUGCUGCAUGUGCUAGACCCGGCGUCGUCGUGGUACCUGCAGGACGACGCGGCGACGUGGGCCGGUCCCGCGUUUUAUCGGCGCGAGCUCGAGCAGCGCAUCAGGCCCUACGGGAGCCGUGUGUUGUUCUUGGGCGACUCCAUGGGCGCCUGCGGCGCGCUGCAGCAUUGUGAUUUGGCGGCGACGCUGGCGUUUACUCCACAAGUCGAUCUGACGGACUACGAGGCCGUCCGGCGGCACGACCUCACCGCUGAACGCCGCGCAUCGCUCCGCGACGCAAUUUGUGACACCGUCGGCCGCGCGAAAGGGCCGGUCUUGGUCCACUACGGCUCGGGCUGCGCCGAGGACGUGGCGCAGGUCGAGCUGCUCCCCGGCAGCGCGACGCUCGUCGCGCACGACUUCGACGACCACGUCCUCUCGGUCCAUCUCAAGAAGACAGGUGCUCUCAAGGGGAUCUUGGACGCGGCGAUUGCUGGCGUGUUGUAGUAGGGUGUUAACUUAGGCUUGUCGUUGUA